UACGUCAUACUGUGGUUAUGUUGAAUUUCGACUAUUUGGUACUUAAUAUAUGUGGCAAUUUCGGGCGGCUGGUGAUCUACAGCACACAUUUGGCAGACCAGAGGAAGUUCAUUCGAGGGCGGAAACCUCGCGCCAAGAGCUCUUGCCAAAUAGCUGAUUACCGAAGGCUGCAUGUGUAGACUCGCGCAGACGUUGUCUACGCGUGCAAUAAAGAUCCGGUUAAUAUAGCCACAGUGUCGACCGAUUCUGUUAAUCUUUAAGAAACUUAUUCGGUCUUUUUACGCGCACGAUAUUGUCUUCGAAUUCUGUGUGUUUUAGAAAGGGCACGCGCGCGUGAGGUUUCGGUUUUAUUGCGCGGCGGAAUCGCUCGCGCUACGCGUUUCCCGUUCAGCGGAGCCGCGCUUACCGCUGUGUGCGAAGUCGACGGGAAGCGUGCUGUGAUGAGUAGACUGCUGCUUGCAUGGUGCAUCGAUUAGACUGCAGACGUGCUAUCGAAAUGUCACUGAACACAUCAGGUCAAAUCCCCUGAGCCCAUCGGGGUUUAACGCAGGAGGCUGUUGGCUCGCGACAUUUUAACUUUUAUCACCUACUUACACCGGAAGAAGCAACUCAACUGGGGGACAUAAGGUUUCCGCGAAGGGGAAAAGGACUGACUGGCGUGACGUUUAUAGUCUUUACAGUAAAUCUACCUUUAGAAAACCCAAUGGCUGUUGGACCAUGCAGCGUGGAAAUGCAACACCGUCGUGUGGAGUUCGUGGAAAACCUGAGCAAGCACGUGAGUCAUCUUCUGGAGCUCCUCUUCAAUAUAGGAGCGAUAACGGAGGAGGAUGUGAGUUUUAUUAGAGGUGGCGGAAGCCAGGGGGAGCGGGACUGCAUGAGAACCCUGCUGGACGUUCUGCACGGGAGAGGGGAGGAGGCGUGCCGUGCCUUUCUGUUCUUCCUCCCUAACUUUCAGGAGCUGCCCGCGCGCGGAGUGGCGAACCUCGUCGCCAAGGACACUUUUUUGGAUCAUCUCCGAAAGCACAAGGGCAUCCUCGCCAGACAGCACGGUCCCACUGAUUACUUUAGCAUGAUGACACACGCAUCGGAGCUCGAGGAGACGGACCGCUUCACCGACAUUACGUUCUCCAGACAAGCACAUCGCCUGAUACCGCUGCAGUGUCAGCACGAGGCGGCGGUGGUGGGCGAGUCAUUCCGGACUCGCAGGAGCGAGGCACACACACAGGCCAAGACUUGCACUUUUAUUGACGUGUAUCGCGGUUUGAUCGCCGCCUCGGGAGGGGUCGUGACCCUGCUGUCAGGGGUCGCGGGGAGCGGCAAAACUACGGUGAUAAGGCAACUGGUCCGGGACUGGGCCGCAGACCCGGACGCCCAGAAAAUCGUCCUGUCCUUGUCUUUCCGUGAGCUGAAUUUGAUAACGGAGACUCGGAGUCUUCAAGGGCUCCUCUCCGAUCACUACAGCCACCUGAAACCCAUCCUGCCCGAGUUACUGACCACAAAGCAAAGCCAGGGUCUGCUUAUUCUGGAUGGACUCGAUGAGUUCUCCUUCCCCUUGGACUUCGAGCACACCUCUAAGUGCUCGGAUCCGGAGCGGGAGCUGUCAGUGGGGGCUAUGGUGGUGAACCUGUUGAAGGGUAACCUGUUGCCAGGCGUCGACAUCCUCCUCACCUCUCGACCCCACGCCAUAAGCAAAGUGCCCCAGCUCUUGGUGGGCCAGUUCUACAGUGUGCUGGGCUUCUCUCCAGACCAGCAGAGGGCGUACUUCCAGCGAAGCUGCGUCUCUGGCGGGGCGGCGGACUCCCUGUGGGGCUUCGUGUCCUCCCACAAACCCCUUCGGCUCAUGUGCCACAUCCCUGCCUUCUGCUGGAUCGUGUCCACUGCCAUACAUGCCGGGGCCUUCUGCCUCUUCCCUGGGAGCGUCUGCGGGGAGGUGGCGGGACCCGAGUGCCUCGCUGCAGAGCCCAACGCCGUGACGCCGGUCUCCUCCAGGCCCAUCACUGUCACGGAGAUCUACUGCUGCUUUCUGAAAUCCAUAGUGGUGUUCCACAUAGGUGGCUGCGUAGACGGGCUGCAGCUGGACAGGCUGCAGGACGCGCCCCGCAUCCUGAAGAAGAGCAGAGCCGAGCUCCGCCGCCUGGGCGCCCUGGCCUUCAAGGGCUUGGUGGAGAGGCGGUUCCUCUUCGACAGCACGGACCUGGACGCCUUCUCUCUGAGCUGCAGCACAGUCUCGCGCGCCUUCCUGGUGGAGGUCACUAAGGAGGACCGUACCUCCCUCACCUAUCAGAAGGGCUUCCACUUUGUCCACACCAGCGUGCAGGAGUUCCUGGCUGCCCUCUACUACGCCCUGGAGUCGUUCUCAGGUUCUGAUCCGUUCUUGGGCCUCAAGCCUGCCACAGGUCUGCUUCCUCCAGCAGUGCGCACGUGGCUGGCGUCCGCGGCCAUGAAACUGCGUCCGCCGCGCCGUGUCUUACGCACGCACGUGAAGAAGGCUCUGCACUGGGGAGAGCACCACCAGUCAGGACACAUGGACCUCUUCUGCAGGUUCGUGUGCGGCCUGUUGGUCCCUAAAACGCGUUUCAUCCUGGACGGUGUUUUCCCCGUCGAGCCGCAGCUCCGUGGGACGGCGUGUGAGCCGCCCGCAUCCACCGCCCCUCCCUCUUUCCUGCAACUGCUCCGGUCCCGCCUCCUGGGUGGCGCCCUAAGCCCCGAGAGACAGCUGAACGUGUGCCACUGUCUGUACGAGGCUUGUGACCCCAUGCUGCCUCAGCGCCUGCGGGCGUGGCUGGAGGUGCUGGCCCAGCAUGCCGCGGGGCAGCCCAGUAACGUCAGCAGGGACUGGAGCGAGCUGGCCUUCCUGCUUCAGCUCAGCCCGGACCUCCAGGAGUUGAGGCUGGACGCGCAGGGCCUGGACGCCGAAGGACUGCGGAGGCUCCUACCUGUGCUGCCCCUAUUCUCCACCCUCAGCCUUGGGCAGAAUCCUCUCGGACCUGAGGGAGCAGAGGUGUUGUCUCAAGCGCUGCGCAGUCCUGACUGCCAUAUUGAGAAACUGUGGGUGGUAUCCACAGGCCUGGGUUGUGAGGGGUUCAGAAUUUUGGCAGAGGGUCUCCACGACAACCAUACAGUGGUGGACCUCAGUUAUGACGUACCUGUUGGCAGAAUGGCAAUCAAUGGCAUUGGUGACAACGGGGCAGCUCAUCUCGCCAAACUGCUGAAGACCAAUCGCACGCUGAGAGACAUCAGGCUCCGAGACAAUUUGGUGACAGACAAAGGAGCAGAGCUUCUCGUGGAGGCUUUAAUGGAGAACACCACCUUAGAGUACCUGUGGCUGUUUGACAACAAGCUGUCCAAGGAGUGCGUUCGACAGCUGAAGGAAUUCUCAAAGAACAGAUCUAACCUGGACAUCAAAGUCUGCUACUGAUCCCACAUGGUGCAGUACUGGUGCAGUACUGCAGAAUGGCUGUGUUGGUGACCAUGAAUUACUAAAGGACGAUUUAUCACACCAGGUCUGAGAGUGUGGGAGGUUUAACCUCUGACGGGAAGUACAAUGAGGAAAUUCACUGGACUUCACCGGAUUUCACACAUGUUGAGCUGCAUGGGAAGAGCUACACAUGCCAAACUCCCUUCCCACAUCUUAGCUAAUUUUGUCCAAGUUGGUAGAUGUGAACUCUUAUGAAUGUGCAGUCAUGUGACUCAGCUGAAGUUCCUGUUACUGAAGAUCAACUCUCUCAGAUUUCUGACAAAACACAACACACAUGACUUUGAGCUGCUCAGUCUAUCAUAAACCAAACUUGAAUUUGAAUCUUUCACAAUAAUGUGAAUUUUUAUUGGAUUGUUACUGUCAUGGAGCAUUUAUACGGAUGUUCUUCACCUGCUGUAUACUUUGACUCCCUGGGCCAUAAUGCUGCAGCCAACUUGUGGACAAACACUUAUACAGAGGCAUUCAGUUUGCCAUUAACCCUGUUACAAUAAAAUAGAAUGUAUUUAUUUACA